AUGCCAAUUAAAAUUCGUCUUGAAAAACAUCAAAGGAAUCUAUUAUUACAAAAACAAUCUGCAUCUCCUAAUGAAGUAUCUACCAAUGAAGAAACUACCAAUGAAAUAUCUACCAAUGAAGCAGUCACCAACGAAGUAUCUACAAAACAAACUCAAACAUCGCUAUUUGGACCCAAUACUGCCGCAAAUCUUUUAAAUAAUUUACUAUAUUAA